AUGCUUGCCUACACAACCCCAACGGACACAGCUCUGUACCGGCGCAUCCCGGCUAACACGACAGGCCUCGCCAGCAUCCUCUUCUUCAUCGAGCGACUCCAGAGGUGCUACAUACCCACGGGGGAGAAGCCUGUUAGCAUGGGAGUUGCUGCUGGCUGGUACAUGUUGUCAGCUCUCCUACAACAAGGCUCCAACACCUACCCAAUCAGCACUGCAGCACGGGUAAUCUACUGGGUUGGCUACAGUGUGUCCCUCAUUGUGUACACAUCAUACUCUGCCACACUGGUCUCACAUCUUGCUGUGGAGCAGCCUGCACCUCUGCCAUUCAGCAACCUGCGGGACCUGUCUAGGCAGUCAGGCUGGGAUGCUGGAUGCAACAACAAUGACCUCUUCCAAGUGACAGCCUCGGUGGGUCCUUGGCUUCUUGCUGUGUGAACUGAUAUACCAUCCAGUGGUUGAGAGUUGAGGAGAGAGAGAGAGAGAGAGAGAGAGAGAGAGAGAGAGAGAGAGAGAGAGAGAGAGAGAGAGAGAGAGAGAGAGGAGAGAGAGAGAGAGAGAGAGAGAGAGAGAGAGAGAGAGAGAGAGAGAGAGAGAGAGAGAGAGAGAGAGAGAGAGAGAGAGAGAGAGAGAGAGAGAGAGAGAGAGAGAGAGAGAGAGAGAGAGAGAGAGAGAGAGAGAGAGAGAGAGAGAGAGAAUUUUGUUCAGUGCCAGAUUUAGGAGUCCACAAAAAGACCAGCUGCCCAGGAGCCUCCACAAUCUGGGGUCUCCACAAUCUGAGGAGUCUCCCACAUAAAUAUUCUGUAAGUGAAAGAAACUUAAAUUAAUCAAACACUAGUUUUCUAUGAACUAAAUAUUUUUUUUAUUACUAUCAAAAUAACCACUUGUUUCAUUUACACUAAAUAAAUAUGUUCCUUUCACUAUAAUAUAUUAUAUGUAUUAAAAACUGCAUGGAAUACAGAUACAAAAAUAUUAAUAUAAAUAUUUCAGGUAGAUGGCCUCCACACUCAGGCUGCUCACAGGCCUCCACAGACACAAAUCCAGCCCUUGAUUUGUAAAUUAAUUAUUUUAUUUAAUUAUUUAUUUUUCCUUUGUAAGAGGAGCACUGCCUUAGGGAGGGAGAGAGAGAAAGAGAAUAAUAAAAAAAAAAAAAAAAAAAAAAAAAACCGAUGCCAUUUCUUUAAGAAAUGGCAUCUGUAAUAAUAAUCUGUUAUAUGCCAUAAUAAAUUAUGGCAUAUAACAUAAAAUGUUAUAUGCCAUUUGAUAACAGUUUUCUAUAGAUCUAAGUGUAACUCAGUAAGUUUGUAACACAAUCUCCCUUUCCUAAAUCCAAAUUGCUUUAUUAUCACUGGGAGAGGCUGGGAUGGACUGGGAGAGGCUGGAAUGCACUGAGAGAGGCUGGGAUGGACUGGGAGAAGCUAGGAUGCACUGGGAGAGGCUGGGAUGGACUGGGAGAGGCUGGAAUGCACUGAGAGAGGCUGGGAUGGACUGGGAGAGGCUGAAAUGCACUGGGAGAGGCUGGGAUGGACUGGGAGAGGCUGGGAUGGACUGGGAGAGUCUAGGAUGCACUGGGAGAGGCUGGGAUGGACUGGGAGAGGCUGGGAUGGACUGGGAGAGGCUGGAAUGCACUGAGAGAGGCUGGGAUGGACUGGGAGAGGCUGGGAUGGACUGGGAGAGGCUGGAAUGCACUGAGAGAGGCUGGGAUGGACUGGGAGAGGCUAGGAUACACUGGGAGAGGCUGGGAUGAAAAGGCUGGGGCUGGGGCUGAGGCUGGGGGAAAAGGUCAAGAAUGUUGGGUGUAUCUCCAAGACAGUCAGGAAUACGAGUAGGGUGUUGCACCAAUUGCUCUAGGUCAUGGAGGAUAGCAAAGUUGUAGGCUAGUUCACCAGGAUGGUCAGUGAAGGGAGAGGAAAGCCAAAGCUGGUGGUGAACAUUGAAGUCUCCAAGAAUGGAGAUCUCUGCAAAAGGGAAGAGGGUCAGAAUGUGCUCCACUUUGGAAGUUAAGUAGUUAAAGAAUUUCUUAUAAUCAGAGGAGUUAGGUGAGAGGUAUACAGCACAGAUAAAUUUAGUAUGAGAGUGACUCUGUAGUCGUAGCCAGAUGGUGGAAAACUCAGAAGAUUCAAGAGCGUGGGCACGAGAGCAGGUUAAAUCAUUGUGCACAUAAAUGCAGCAUCCAGCUUUGGACUGAAAAUGAGGAUAGAGAAAGUAAGAGGGAACAGAAAAGGAGCUACUGUCAGUUGCCUCAGACACCUGAGUUUCAGUGAGGAAAAGAAGAUGAGGUUUAGAAGAGGAGAGGUGGUGUUCUACAGAUUGAAAAUUAGAUCUUUGACUGCGAAUGUUGCAGAAGUUAAUGAAGAAAAAGUUGAGGGGGGUGUCAAGACACUUAGGGUCUUUGACAGAAAGGCAGUCUGACCUGGGGACAUUUAUGGUCCCCUCCCCAGAUGGGGACUACGAGGCUGGUGUAGGAGUCGCCACGAUGAUUUUAAAAUUUUUGAGUGAAGGGUGUGUGUGUUAUUAGGUGCUUGUAGUUUUGUGUGGAGGAAGAGAGUUGUCUUUAGAGGGCAGGCUAUGACUGCCCCCUUGUGUUGUGAGACACAAAGGGAAACGUUCAGCGAGGUCACAGCUGGGUUUAAUGAUAAGUUCACAGCACCCCCUGAACAGUGCUUUAGACCUCACUGGUAGUAAUUAUCAUUUAGGCAGAUGUCUACUGCCUCCUCAUAUAUAUAUAUAUAUAUAUAUAUAUAUAUAUAUAUAUAUAUAUAUAUAUAUAUAUAUAUAUAUAUAUACCCAGCCAACAUUGGAUAAUGGGAGGCAUGUGGGUGUUUUGUGGGCUACUUUAUGGGUCCCAUGUGGGCUACCCACAUUACUGUAAAACACAGGUUGUUCUUGGAGAUUUAAACUUUUUGUAUUUAUAAAUAUUGAUUCACAUGACAGUAAAGAUUCAUUUUACUAACAUGCCAGUUUCUCUUAAACCAAGCAAUUUACGUGUAAUCUUAUCUUACAAAUGGCUUGAGGCAUUCUCUAACCCUCUUGGAAAGUCGACAGAUAUAAGUAAUACUGCUAAUUUUCAUUGAAAUAUUAAAAGAAAAUUAAAUAAAUAAAUAAAUAAAUAAAUAAAAUAAAUAAAUAAAUAAAUAAAUAAAAAUCUUUUGGUUCAGUGAUGUUCCUCAUUUUUUGUCCAAGGUUCUAACCAUACCUAAACUAACUUAACCACACCAAAACUAACCUAACCAUACCUGCUGUAACCAAACCAUACCUAAACUAACUUGACCACACCAAAACUAACCUAACCAUACCUGCUGUAAUCUAACCAUACCUAAACUAACUUAACCACAUCCAAACCUAACCACACCCAAACUAACCUAACUGUACUUGGUGUAAUCUAACCAUACCCAAAACUAACCUAACUACACCCAACCAUAUCAAACCUAACCUAACCAUACCUAAACUCAAGGCAAGGUAUGGCGUGUCUAGCCAGUGGUAGCCAUAAUUAUUUCCUAUUUUCAUCAAUAAGAAAAGGCAUUGAAUUCAAUUUUAAAAAAACGUUUCAAUUAUUGUUAAAGGUUUGUAGAAAAGAAUAUAUCAAGAGCUAGUGUUAUUUCAUAAGAUAGGUAAUGAAAUACUGGCACAUUAAUAAAAGUGAUAUCAAGCCUCAAUAUACUGACAUACGGUAAUAACAGUGUAGUACCAUCACAAUCACCAGCACCACCACCUUACCAUUUAUAUCACUAGACAACCACCUCUACACCGUACGUAAUGUACUUUCCACAUAUAAUGCAUACCUUUGGGCAAAUUGGUGUCAGCGGAGCAUUGAAUGAAUGCCUCUUGGCACUUGCUGGGAGACUGGAUGCCUUGGUAAUCUGCAGGGAUCACCACUUUUUAACACAGGCUAACUUCUUACUUUACACGUUAUGGAAGGCAUCAAGUAUGGCUUCAAGCAUUUUAAAGUAUUCACAACAUUGUCGAGUGCAAUUUAAGAUACCUUACUUCUGAACUGGUGUGAACCGCCAACGUACUGUUUACAGCACCCGCUGGGUUAAAACGUAUGUUCACUUUUUAAAUCUCUGGAUUAAAGUAUAUUGCAUUUUCAAGUUCAAAAAUUAAAAAUAUUAUUGCAUAAAAAUAAUGCACUUUUUUUCUCUUUCCACAAGUUACCUCCAACAGAUUAUUAAAGGUAGGUGGAAAAUUUAUUUAGAGCAUGAUGAACCCAGCCGUUAGCAGGAAGGCGGCACAACAACGUCAGCGGCGCACCUACAGAGUGAGAAGAGAUAUUUUCGCUGAGUACGACGAUGCUGAGUUACUGAAAAGAUUCAGAUUGGACCGUGCUGGUAUUGUUGCAGUGACUGAUAUAGUGAGAGACAAGCUGCAAAGUAAAACUGAAAGAAAUAGAGCCUUGACCCCUGAGAUGGUGGCCAUCACAUUACGAUAUUUAGCCACAGGAAAAAUGCAACAGUGCAGUUGUGAUGAUUUUGGAACAACGCAGCCCACUAUCAGCCGUGCAAUAUCACAGACAAUUGAUGCACUGGCUGACCCAGAAGUAAUCUGCCAGUUCGUGGCUUUCCCUCACACCCAGCGUGAAGUGCAGCAAAAACAGGCAGAGUUCAUGCAAGUAACUCAGUUUCCCGGUGUUGUGGGAGUGAUUGAUGGCACUCAUAUAAGAAUUGUGUCUCCUCAUGUCGAUGAACAUGUAUAUGUGAACAGGAAACGCUAUCACAGCAUAAAUGUGCAAGUAGUAUUUGAUGCUCACUAUAAGAUUCUUGACAUUGUGGCAAGGUGGCCUGGCUCAGUCAACGAUGCAAGAAUACUAGAUAAGUCAGCACUCAAACUGAUGUUUGAGGAACAACAUGUACCUGCAGGAUGCUAUACCUUCCCGGGGACAGUGGCUAUCCCUGUAAGCAGUGGCUCCUCACUCCUUACCUUCGCCCUCAAACUGUUGCACAAGCUAAUUAUAACAGUUCCAGUACCUUACGAUGCAGCCGAGGGGACUGACGCCACCACCACCACUGCCACCACCGCCACAACAAGGGUUAUUCAAAUGGGGAACAUGCUUCAGGUGUUGCCCCAAGAUGCCUCAGCCCCGCAGCCCCACUUCCCCAUGAUAGUGCAGGCAGGGAAUGUCAUACAGGUUGUUCCAGCUGACAACACGCAGGUAUUAGGGGCAGAAGUCGUUGGAGUUGGUCGGGUCAUGCAAGUGGUCGGAGUCCCAGGCUUUCCCCCGACCCCAGCCCCAGACCCCUGCCCCAGCCACCCCUCUCCCUGUGACCCCUGCCCAGUCAUCCCUCACCCCCUCCUGCCCCCAUGCGGUGCUGCCAGCGGGGGUGAUGGGAGGUGGAGGUGGGCCACACACACCUGGGUUAGCUGUGGCUUGGCUUAUCUCCCUCCUCAGCAGCAAAUCCCGAGGAUCAACGAGGACAUGGUGGACCCAGAGAUUGCAGCAGCAGCGAGAGAGAGAGAGAGAAGCAAGAGAGGAGGGAGAGGAAGGAGAGGAGGAGGAGAGAGAGGGAGGCCAGGAGGGAGGCACGUCAGAGAGAGAGGGAGAGGAAGAGGUUGAUUCUGUUACAACAACAACUGCAACAACAACAACAGUUAGUCAGUGAGGAGGGGGAGGGGCCGUCCUCUGAUGCUGAGGAUGAGGUAUUGUUCAGGGAGGCCAUGUCGGAGGUGCCGGUGGUGGGGUCGCCAGUUCCGGAGUACGAGGUGGAGGAGGAAAAGGAAGAGGAGGACGAGGAGGAGGCACGGAUAAGGAAGAAGAAAAGAUUAUUACCUGUAGCCCUCCCUCCAGCUGAUAAGGGGAUAUUAAGGAGCCCUUCCUACAGGUUCGUUCGAUGCAAGGAGUUGGCACAGGAGGCGUCCGAGGCUGUGUAGAGCGGCCGUCUGAACCUGGUGCCACAGCUUACUAUGUUCAACAGAAACUUGGACAGUGACAACAAGAACAUCUUCACAAAUACAAGCAGCAGAAAUGAGAGUUCUGAGAAUGAUCCGAGGUGUGACCAGACUUGAUAGAAUUAGAAAUGAAGAAACCAGAGAGAGAUUAGGGAUAACAUCUGUACUGAAGAUAAUUGAAAAGAACAAAUUGAGAUGGUAUGGACAUGCCCAAAGAAUGGAAGAUACAAGAUAGGCAAGGAAGUUUCUGGAAUGGGUUCCUCUAGGCAGGAGGCCGGUGGGACGACCUAGGAAGCGAUGGAUGCAGGGAGUUGAAGAAGCUACUGAACGAAGAGGAAGAAAUCUACAAGAAAUAACCAGAGAUGAGGAUUUCAUGGAUAGAGACCUUUGGAGAAGAUUUGUAGAGGCCGGACACUGACAGGCAUUGCCUACCUUGCGUCUGCUGAGAAAGUAACUGUAGGAAGAAUGCAGGAAAUGGAGGAGGAGGAGGAGGAGGAGGAGAAAAUGAGUAGAAAACAAGAAAAUUAGAAUAAGCAGAUGGAAUAAAGAGGAAGAAGAAGAAGAAAAGGAGGAAGAAGAAGAGAAGGAGGAAGAGGAGGAAGAAAAGGAGGAGGAGGAGGAAGAAGAAGAAAAAUAAUCACAUUAAGCUGGAGAGGAAAGCAAGAAUAAGCAGGAAGGAGGAGGAGGAGGAGGAGGAGGAGGAGGAGGAGGAGCAGCAGGAGGAGGAAGAGGAGGAGGAGGAGGAAGGCUAAGCAGGAGAUACCCUCCCUUGCUCUAGUUCAGCAGGAGGCAUGGCCGGAGGAGGAGGAGGAGGAGGAGGAACAGCUUUUUUGGGAGUUCUUAAAGAUCGCGUACCUUGAGGCUGCUCCUCCUCCUCCUCCUCCUCCUCCUCCUCCUCCUCCUCCUCCUCCUCCUCCUCCUCCUCCUCCUCCUCCUCCUCUCUCUCUCUCUCUCUCUCUCUCUCUCUCUCUCUCUCUCUCUCUCUCUCUCUCUCUCUCUCUCUCUCUCUCUCUCUCUCUCUCUCUCUCUCUCUCUCUCUCUCUCUCUCUCUCUCUCUCUCUCUCUCUCUCUCUCUCUCUCUCUCUCUCUCUCUCUCUCUCUCUCUCUCUCUCUCUCUCUCUCUCUCUCUCUCUACAGCCUACAGACUCACUAUUUGCUUAACCACACCUCUUGCCUGAAACAAAUGAAAAACUUUUAUCCUUCUCCAAUCACAUUUCAAUUUUGUACUUAGUCACAAUCACACAGUAUAUGUUGUUAAUUUCAACUUUACAACAAGGUGACAACAUUUCAUCUAUUUAUACAUACUUUUUAUUAUUAAAGCUUAUCUUAUAAUUAUUUCUGAAGAGAUUGACUAAUUUUUGUAGUAUUUAUGACUUAGAACUAUGAUAAAGCUAUGAAUUGAUAUAAUUCCUGAUUUGU